AUGGAGGAAGAACUCAGGAGUUUGAUCAAAGUAUGGAUUUAUGCAAUUAUCUCAAUAUUUUAUUGUUACCACUUACUACCCAAAAUCAAAUCUGGUGUUCCUCGAUUAAUCUCUGUUCUCCCCGUUCUUGCUCUGUUUCUUGUUCUUCCUCUGUUUUUCUCCUCCGUGCAUUUAUCUUUAAUCACAGCGUUUUUCCUCACAUGGCUCGCUAAUUUCAAGCUCAUCCUAUUUUGCUUCGACAAAGGUCCUCUAAUCCCAAUUCCCACAAAUCUUUUCCGGUUUUUCUGCUUCACUUGCCUCCCAAUCAAAGCCCAACAAAACCCUAAAUCUCAAAACCAUUUGCCCAAAUUAGGAUUCGCCAUUAAAGUUGCCAUAUUUGCCGUGUUAUUACAUUUGAUUCGCGACGGAGAUAACCUGUCUCCGACUCUGCUUUUAGCUCUCUAUUUUGCGCACCUUUACUUAGAGAUUGAGAUUAUUUUAACAUUCGUCAAAGUUUUUGUAUUCAUAUUUCUUGGCUGCGACCUCGAGCCACAGUCCAAUAAACCAUACUUAGCCACAUCUCUACAAGAUUUCUGGGGUCGCCGGUGGAAUCUCAUGGUUCCGGCGAUCCUCCGGCCAGCCGUUUACUCCCCAAUGCGGCGAGUCUCCGAACGCAGAAUGAGCUCCGGUUGGGCUCUGUUUCCGGGGAUUUUAGCGGCCUUCGUCGUCUCCGGAUUGGUUCACGAAUUGCUCUUCGUCUAUUUAACUCGUGAGACGCCAACAUGGGAAGUUACUCUGUUCUUCGUGCUGCAAGGCGUUUGCACUGCGGCGGAAUUGGCCGUGAAGAAGAAGACGAAGGUGAUGCAGCGGUGGCAGUUGAAUCCGGCGGUGUCGCGGCUGCUCACGGUGGGGUUUGUGUUUGUGACCGGUGGUUGGUUGUUUGCACCUCAGCUUGUAAGGAGCGGCGUGCUUGAGAGAUACACAUAUGAAGCUUUGCUGAUUGUUGAUUUCGUUAAGAAGAAGUUAUUUAUUUUGUUGGGGAUACAUAUGACGAGUGUUAAAUAA